GGACAUUUCGAAUUAUUCAGACUCCGAAGUUCUGCAUUUAUCGUGCUGUAGUAGCAGUGUUCCCUGUGUGUAGCCGGGAUGAUAAAGACUGUUACAAGUCACUGGUGUCAGAACAUGAGACUGUUAGUGUCAUAGCAUGCAUGUGUGCAUGAGGGCACACGUGUGUAUGGGUGUCAGUGUUCUCUGGUGUGCGAAAGAGGUUAGGAAUGUGAGAUCUGGAUAUAGAGUAAGAUAGCGUUUGUAAGGCUCUCGUCACAGUUAUACCGACUUUUGCUGGUUAUCACACACUCGACGAUAAAGGCACUCGACGAUCUCGCACCUUGUUGACGUUUGUUGAGUUUGUCAUCAUUAGUGCAUUCACCUGACAGACACAACAGCUCAUUCUCUACCUCGGUCAUCGAGAUGGGGACUUUUCGAACAACAUGGACUUUGACAAUCAUUAUUACAAUCUAUAGAGUGGCGGCUGGCAGUCCAACAGGUGGCGCUGCUACAAGGACAGGCAGCCUGGACCACGUGAACAAGCUCGCGCCAGAGUUCGACACAACUGAAAUGCGGGUGUCUGUGAAGGAAGGAAGCCCUUUGGGACAAGUGGUUGUCAAGAUAACAGCAUAUGACAGAGAUGCAGGAGAUGAAGGUGUGAUCACCUACUCACUUCAUUAUAACCAGGGGAUGUUUCGUAUUGACCCAGUCAGUGGAGUGGUUAGUGUGGCUUCACACAACAUUGACCGCGAGACGGAGGACACCUAUGUUCUGCUCGUGCAAGCAGAAGACGAUGGAGGACUUUUCAGCACCAUGACACUGAUAAUAACUAUUGAAGAUAUAAACGAUAAUCCACCUAUAUUCGGGCAAACUACCUACAGUGCUAUCUUGCCUGAGAAUGAAAUGUAUUUCACACAACCUUUACAGCUCAAGGCGACAGAUGACGACGAGCCUGGGACAGAGAACAGCGACAUCAGUUACAGUCUCUCAUCGUCUUCCGAUCCUCCUGGUCUUGCUGGUCAUUUUCACAUCAACCUCCUUACUGGUAACAUCACAGUCGUCCAGGCACUGGACUUCGAUAACAUUUCAUUCAGUGCUGGGCAUCCAGGGGAGAUCAUUCUUACAGCAAUGGCCAAGGAUCAUGGACGUGUCCAUCUGAACUCAACCGCAGUUGUUAUCAUCACUCUUGUGACUAAGUACGUUCCUUGUAACGCGAUAACGAACCACAUCCAGGAUACCAAUGACAACAUACCACAGUUCGAGAACGACACAUACCAUAAAACUGUCCCUGAGAACAUCUCAACAGGUUCCGAGGUAGUCGUGGUUCAUGCGCGUGAUUCAGACAGUAGCGCCCCCAACAACCACGUCUUCUACUUCCUGGAGACUGGCGGACGCGAUGACUUUGCGAUAGAUCACGUGACAGGAGUCAUUACUGUUGUAGGGAAAUUAGACCGUGAAACUUUGGCCAACUACUCACUCCAUGUCAUGGCCAGGGACCAGGGAGCUGACCCGUUGUACAGCUACUGUACAGUGUACAUCAAUGUUUCUGACAUCAACGACGAGCCACCACGGUUUAGAGAGAAACACGCCACGACCGCGGAAUCUGAUGGUGUCUUUGGUUCUAUUUACAACAUGGGUGCUGUAGACUUGGACCUGGAUGCCCGACUGAAGUACUCCAUUUUGUGGAAUGAAAGUUAUGGGUUGUCUGCUUCGCUGACCAUGAUCACUGGUGAUCAGUUGUGGAGCUGGAUAGAUAUUGACAGUGAGAACGGUAUACUACUUGAAAAAAGGCCUUUCGACAGCAGUCAUGUGAUAAGGUUUUACCUGACCUUGCUAGUACAAGAUCUCAACGCCUUCAAUCCAAAACCUCAGCAAGACACAGCCAUAGUAGCAAUCAUCAUAACUGGGGCAAACAGACGUCGCCGCUCUGUAGAUUUGAGCAACGUCAGCAACGAAAUGCAAGAGCAUCAGAAGUGGGAGGCAAAAAUAUCUUUCCUGGCUGCUAAUAUUCACUACUUGGAGGUGACAAACGCUCAGCGAAUUGUGUACGAGAAAAUAUUAGUGAAUGAAGGCAGUGGUUACAGCAACACAACUGGUACCUUCACAUGUUCUCAGACUGGAAAGUACGUGUUUGAGGUCCACACGUUCGCUCCCCCCAACAGCAGCGUGUGGCUGGCGCUGUACCACCAGGUCACCAGGGUCACGACACUCGAGGUGCACGAGGGAGAGGACUCGAAGGCGGAGAGUGUGACUGCUGUGCUGCAGCUGCUGCAGAGCGAUGAAGUGUACGUGAUGUCCACACCUGGUCACAGCAGCCGACUGUUUGGCGCUCCAGACGCCAUCUUGAACACGUUCAGCGGUUAUCUCCUGUCACCAGCCUCCGAGUAGCAUUCUGCUGUCCGGUCCACCAACCCACACCCACCUGUUGAUGUGGACACACAGCAGGACUUGUUUAUUUUAACGCCUGACACCCUUCAGUUUGGAUUUUGACCGAAGUACAGUCAUAAAAGCAAAUUAAAAAAUGUCGAUGCUCA